AUAGCUGAGCUGGAAAAGCAGGUAUCUAUUUGAAGCCGAGGCGCCGCAACAGAGCAGGCGGCUAGACCCACAAGCCAGACAUUUUGUUGUGUUUCUCACGCACCCUGCUCCUCUCUGCAUAUCCCUGGCUUUCUCUCCUUUGUCCGGGCACCAAGAUGGAUACCCCUCUCGAAGAAGCUCUCGGGGUGAUGAUCGACACGUUUCACAAAUAUUCCUGCCGGGAAGGCGACAAAUACAAGCUGAACAAAGCCGAGAUGAAGGAGCUGAUCCUCAAUGAGCUGCCCAUCUUUGUCAGGGGAAAGGUUGAUGAAGCCGGGUUGGAGAACCUGAUGGAGAAACUCGAUCGCAACCGGGACGAACAGCUGGAUUUCCAGGAGUACGCGGUCUUCGUAGCGCUGGCGGCUUCGCUUUGUAAUGAGUACUUUCUGGAGUGCGCCGACGAGAGCAACCGCAAAAGAUAAAGCCAACGUUUCCAGUGGGGGCUUCUUUAGCCGCAACAUCUGUCUCCCAGGUGGCAUGAG